AUGUCGGAUCAAACGGAAACGGGUCUUGAUAUUGGACCCGAGGAAGUGAGAUUGUAUCCUGUACAGAUGAUCAGUACCUUUCAUGAGACUAAUCAAGGGGAGAUGAAUCUAGGUUAUGAGAGAGUGUUUGUACAGCGACCUAUAGGUGGAACCUUUAUUGAACCCCUUGAUGAGACGCCCUCACCACCACCCAACCCAGCUUCCGACAGGGACAGUGACUUCAGGUUCCAUGAUGAGGAGGAAAGGUUGCAAACAUUUUCGGGGUGUUGGUCCGACGUCUACCCUGUGGACCCUAUCAGUUUAGCUAAAAAUGGUUUUAUCUUUAUUGGUCCUGGUGACCUUGUCAACUGA